CUCUUAGCGGACAGAGGACCGACGGACUCCUCCCUUCCUCGCUCAGUCCGCGAGUGAGAGCCGCCGCAGGCGAUUCGUCUUCUCCCUCCCGCCCGGAACUCGUCGCUCUCCCGUCGGGUGGCAAGAUGAGCGUGGCCGUGGCCGACGGCUGCUUCCUGUCCGCCCUGCAGCCCAACUCGUCCCGCACCGCCUACGUGGUGCCCUCGGACGUCCGGUGCUCGGACGCCGGGGCCAAGGCGCGCAGGGUCCAGGAGCAGGUUCGUCUCCGCUUGGCCGAGAAGAAGUCGCCGUCGCUGGGGAGGCUGAACGACGUGGACGCGUCGCUCGGACCGGCAGUAUGCGAGUACAGCCUCCCCGCCGCGAGAGCCUUCAGCUCCAGAUCGAUGAUCCACACGCCGAGCCGCAUCAUGGCGGUACCCACGAUGCCCUCCGGCGGCUUCUCGUCUCGCUCGGCGGUGGAGACCUUCUCCAAGGUGCGAGCCAGCGUGGCGCAGAGCAGCUUCCAGACUCACAGCAGCCGCAGCCGCCGCAGCAAGUCCUUGUGCCAGGCCGAGAUGCCCGAUUGCGAGGCGCCGCCUGCAGACAUCGCGAUGGCGCCGCUGCCUCCUGGCACCCUGAGGCGCACCCUCAGCGGCACCCUGGCCCAGCAGGGACCGCGUGGCGGCUACUGGGCCGAGGAGGAGAUGCCCGUCCACUUCACCUACAAAGGCCCCUCGCACCGCACCAUCAGCCGCAUCACCAACCGACAGCAGCACGGCGCCACCUACGCCCAGGACGGCUGGGGGGCGAGAGGCGACGGCUGGGGGGUUCACCAGGCGCCGCAGUGGCACGUCCACCGGGGGAGCCACACUUUGGGGUACCGGAACCCCGCCCAGCACGCUGCGAGCAUUCAGCGGGCCGCGUCCGUGCGUAGCGUCCGCAGCGUCGGGAAAGGAUUGGACGUCUUGGACGGAGCGUCCAUUCACAGCAACGACCAACUGGGAGGAAUACAAGGACUGGACAUGCACACCGCCGUCAGAUAUUUGUCCGAACCCGACGCAGCUUUACAGAUUCUGGGCGCCGCCUACAUUCAACACCAGUGUUACCAUAGCAGCGAUUCCAAAAAGCAGGUCCGCGUCCUCCAAGGCAUCCCGGCCCUGGUUCAGCUUUUCUCCAGCGACAACCUGGAGGUGCAGCGCUUCGCCACGGGCGCCACGCGCAACCUCAUCUACGAGAGCGCCGACAACAAGGUGGCGCUCAUCGACGCCGGCGGGGUGGCGCGCCUCGUCGCCGUCCUGGGGGAACCGGACGAGGAGCUCCGGAAGAACAUCACAGGCGUGCUGUGGAAUCUGUCGUCCAGAGACAACCUGAAGGAGAAGCUGUGCAGGGAAGCUCUGGCCGAGCUGAGCAGCAAAGUGUUGAUUCCUCUUUGCGCCAGCAUCCCCCUCAGCCCCUCCGAGAAGGACAUUUUCAACAACGCCACCGGAUGCCUCAGGAACCUGAGUUCGGUGAACCAGAGGACGAGAGAGAGGAUGCGGGAAACUUCGGGUCUGGUGGACUCGCUGGUGUCUUACAUCCAGCAGGACGUCGGCGCUGAUGACAAGGGUUUGGAGAACUCCGUGUGCGUGCUGAGGAAUCUGUCCUACCAGCUGUACUCGGAGCUGCCGCACUCGGUGCGAGUUCGCCUGGAGGGUCCCGGCAGAGGCUCCGCCCCCAGAGAGACCGAGCCCAUCGGGUGCUUCCCCAUGUACAGCAGGAAGAACGCCGAGCAUCAGUGCAACCAGAGUCUGAACAUCCUGUCGGAGGCGUCGCGAGCGCCGCACGGCACCGAGUGGCUGUGGCACCCCCGGGUGGUGGCGCUGUACAAGCGGGUCCUGCACGACGGCGACUCCACUCCCGCCGGCAGGGAGGCGGCCGUCGGGGCGCUGCAGAACCUCACCGCCGGGGACGGCAGGUGGUCGUCGGUGCUGAGCGCGGUGAUCCUGGAGCAGGAGAGGAUGUUGCCCACCCUGCUGGACCUGCUGGACACCGACAACGAGGCCGAGCUGCGGGCGCUCACCGCCCUGCUGAGGAACCUGGCCAGACAUGCGCCCAACAAGGACCUCAUUGCCAAGAACAUGGUGAACGUCCUGGUGUCCAAGCUGCCGGCCGACGGCCACCAGAAGACGCCGUCCAGUGAGGUGGUGGUCAACAUCUGCGCCGCCCUCAAUCACCUGGUCACCUGCAGCUCCCUGGCAGCCCGCGACAUCUCCUACUUCAACGGCCUGCCCAAGCUGGUGGGCAUCAAGACGGCCCGCGACAACAGCUCCGGAGGUCUUAAAGCUUCCAGGGCGGCGUCCACCGUCCUCUGCAACAUGUUCCAGUACAGCAAGCUGCACAAAGACUACAAACUGAAAGGAUUUGCCCGUCGAGACUUUGCUGACGCCACCAUCUGAAAAAGUCGACUACCGUAAACGGAAAGUCAGCUGACCAGCUAACCAGCUAACCGUCCUAACACGGCCGAAACGACAGGAACAGGAAGCGACCGCCCGAGGAGCCGAUCAAUCUAGUUCCUGGUUUCCAUUACGACACUCUCACUAUUCACUAUACCGUUUUUAUUUUUAUUUUUUUUUUUUUUGCGACAACUUCUCACGUGACAAAACAUCAUUCAUGCCAGAACACCAGAUGGCGAUGUUGUACUCGCCUUGUUGGCGGUUUGUGGCCCCCUCGAGGCGCUCGCCAACCUUCUUCGACGUCAAUUUCGCUACACGGCGAGCUAGUCUGUCCUUUCCUCACAGGCAAAAUCGUGAAACUCGGCCAACACGUUCGGUCAAUGUGCCGAUUUACGGGGGUCACCAUUGUCAGACGUGGCCGCUCGAGAAAUACAUCUGGACAUUGAACAAACGAUGCGGGGAGUUGUCGCAAAAGAUGAAGUGGAGAACGUCCAACAAAAUAUUUCAUGUCGCCCACUCAACUAGCGACGCACACUCAGUAAACGCCGCAGAUGUACUGCAUUUACUCAAGAUGAAACUGGAACACGUUUAAUACGUUUGGGGGUUUCAGGUUUCUUAACUCGUGUUUUGUUAGUCAAUGAAAGUCGCUCUUCACAAGAAGGCCAAACUGCAACGCAGAUGGCGGCCGUGUUGUGAUUUAAAGGGCCACUGACGUGCCUGUAAACAUUCUAAAAUAGAUAUUGUAAUGAAAAAUGGAUAUAACAUUAUUCACUUCAACCUCUGUACGAAAAAAUAAAUAUGAGCAGAGAGUGGGUCAUUCAUACGCAAAGUUGUGGAAGUCUCACUCGACAUCCCAGUGGCAGCCAUAUUGCCUGCUAUGUCAUCAGCAGACGUCACACUGGGACAUUCGCCAUUGAAAACACGAAGUGGCAACUGCUAUGGGAGAGGAACGACGGGAGAUUUUUGGAUUUUUUUCUACGCCCCUACUGACACGGAAGCUCUUUUCGAAGAAGAGAACAUCUCACGAUCGAGUGACGUGACCGGGGCAGUAUUACCCUAUCGUUCCAACCCAUAUUUAGAUGAUAUGCGGAUCACUUCUAACUAACAGCAGACUCCCAGACAGUAUGUAUGACAGUACCACCCCCGGCACCGAAGCCGUGACCGGCGGAUGCGGCGCCGACGCGCACAUCGACACAUUUAGCACCCCUGAUUUACAUUUGCGGAUCUUUUGUUACGUUCUGAGAGAAGGAUUAUGUCCCCAUGCACCAACUAUGUUUUUUUUUUUUUUUUUAGUAGCUGUAUACACACCUACCUGUCAUUUGGAACCCACAAAGCUCUCAUCCUUUGCAAUCCAUUUUUCACGGGUCUUUUGGAAACAUAUGAAGAGUAAAUCCAUCCUCCCGAGUAUUCGAACAAUAUCCGGCAAUACAACGAGCCGCCAUUUUGGCUAACACGAAGGAACCAAGAGCAACAUUCCAGUAAAACUAGUAUAAACACACAAGAACGCCCGAGUGGGUGUCUGCUGAUAACGUCACUUCCUGCUUCUUCUCAAAAACAAAUCCCUCGAGAUGAUUUUUAUGAUGGGAGUUACAAAAAGCCAUACAUGUCAAAAUGAUGUUUUGUGGGGAAAAAAAACAGAUGGCUGCCUUUUUUUUAAUUAAAAACAUACUAAAAAUCAUGCUUUUCAUGUCAGUGGCCCUUUAAGGUUUCUGCCAUUUUCACUAAUGUUUGCGUUGAUUACAUUUGGUGACUUACGGCCCACCAUGUGGUCGCCAUUUUACCUGACAGAAAAAUAGAGCAACCGUUUUUUUCAAUAUUAUUUUGCAUUUUACGGCCCCCUGGGGGCAGCCACCAUCACAGUAAUGUACAUUUUUGUUAAAGAACGUGAAGAAAUUUGGCAAGAUGGAGAUGAAGAAAGUUUUUACAAAAGGUGACCUCCGACAAGUUGUUGAUUUUGAUAUGAAUUUGGUGAUUUAUGAUCCACAUAAAGGAAAUCACCAUCGUGUAAAUGGCUGUGAGGAAAGUGGUGACGAAGAUGAUUUCUGGAAGAGGUUUUGAUCAUUUGGGCGAUUGAGGGCCCCCUGGGUGGGUAGUUUGCCGUCCUAACGAACAGAAAAAUAUAGUCAUAUUUUUCUUCAAUAAACAAAACUGACAUUUUUUUACCAGCCGGCAAGAUGACAUUUAAUGUCAAUUUGGUGAUGUCACCAACGGCGCUAACGUAAACGCCUCACAGGGCAGUCAACGUGCUGAGGAUGAGCGACAUUUUUACUCAGCAUCGAACUGGAACUUGCUUUAAUAUAAUGUUUAAAUGGCCCUGUCGUGGUCGUCACCAUGGAAACUAACGCAAGCGUGUCAUUAUCCAAUGAGGACUGCUGGGAACUUGGAAAUAUGGAUUACCAUUUUGUGAACUCGUCUUUGUGAGACUGAUUAUAAGUCUAUAAAAAAAAAAUCACUAACUUUAUACUUAAUUUGUGUUGAAUAAUCUUAGCAUAAUUACUAGUAUGUUUACUUUUUUGUGUGAUUUCUGGCACGUUCAAACUUUCGGUCAUGAAAUUUUUUCCAAUACUCAGGAUUUCCUGAAAGCACUACUCGAGUACUUUGAAGUAGCAAACGGUGAAACACGAAAGCGGCGGCGCGUGACAAUGGCGGGACGCCAUUUUUCACAUUUCUCUGUGACGUGACUGACCUGCUAAAAAAAAUUCUAUAGAAAUCUAUGGAAUUUGUACAGAACAACUUGUUCUGUUGAACUUGGGCUGUGAUAUUCUGUAGAAUUUCUACAGAACAGAAUUUUUUUUCUAUAGAAAUUCUAAAGGACUUGGGUCCUAAAGUUCUAUAUUUCUUUGGAAAUUCUUUAGAAAAUUUUUAGCAGCGUUGUGUGUUGUCAAAUCUUGUAAGCCGCAAAAGAACUUUGAGGUGUUUUGAAUCGUUUUGAGGAAGUUUGUUUUGGAUGAAAGCCUUUGUGGAUAAUAAUAAUAAAAAAAAAAAAACAUAAACACAAACAACAACAACAAAAGUCUUUCUUGACGACAACGCGGAUGCUGACCUGUGGGCGCCACAGAUGUCUUUAAGACACGAUUGCAACCGAGAAAAUAUUUUUGAAAAGGUGUCAAUCUAAAUACAUAUAUAUUUUUUUUCAAAACGCAAUGAUGUGUAGAAAUGUGUGAUUACAACUUGCUAAGUCUACCAAAGUGAAAAAGACAAAACACAAAAACUGAGAAAUGAACAAGCUCGACAGUCACCAUACAGAGGAUGACACUGAUGGUGUAGUGGUACACACUCCUGCCUUUCAUGCGGCAAGCAUGGGUUCAAUUCCCGCUCAGUGAUGUUGAUAUCUGCCUGACGCUAGCUGGGAUAGGCUGCAGCUUUCUUGUGAGGAUAAGCAGCUUAAUUAAUGACAUGAAAUGGCUCUGCGGUGGUGCAAAUAUCCAAAAUAGUCUUCAAAACAGACAUGAGAUCGCAAGUGGGGGAGAAUUCAAAGUCAAAUUACAAAAAAAACCCUCCCCUUUUCCCACAAAAUGUGUGAAA